GCGCCUUCACUUUCAUUGUCCUCGCUGCGGUUGGGAGAGGUGAUCUGAGCCGACUGGCCUGCUGUGCAACAACAUCAGUGAAUUUGACAAGAGCCAAUUCUUUUUUUUACGUAUAAAUUAAGUUAAACAAAUUAAGAGAAAAUGCGUGAAAUCGUUCACUUGCAGGCGGGCCAGUGUGGCAACCAGAUCGGCUCCAAGUUCUGGGAGGUGAUCAGCGAUGAGCACGGAAUUGACCCCACGGGCACCUACAGGGGCGACAGCGACCUGCAACUGGAGAGAAUCAACGUCUACUACAAUGAGGCGCAGGGUGGGAAGUACGUUCCCAGGGCCAUCCUCGUGGACCUCGAGCCCGGCACGAUGGACUCGGUGAGGUCCGGACCCUUUGGUCAAAUGUUCCGCCCGGACAACUUUGUCUUCGGCCAGAGUGGUGCGGGUAACAACUGGGCCAAGGGCCACUACACGGAGGGAGCGGAGCUGGUGGACUCGGUGCUGGACGUGGUGCGCAAGGAGGCGGAGAGCUGCGACUGCCUGCAGGGCUUCCAGCUGACGCACUCGCUGGGCGGCGGCACCGGCUCGGGCAUGGGCACCCUGCUCAUCAGCAAGAUCCGCGAGGAGUACCCCGACCGCAUCAUGAACACCUUCAGUGUGGUGCCCUCCCCCAAGGUAUCUGACACGGUGGUGGAGCCGUACAACGCGACGCUGUCGGUGCACCAGCUGGUGGAGAACACGGACGAGACGUACUGCAUCGACAACGAGGCGCUCUACGACAUCUGCUUCCGCACCCUCAAGCUCACGACGCCCACGUACGGCGACCUGAACCACCUGGUGUCGGCCACCAUGAGCGGCGUCACCACCUGCCUGCGCUUCCCGGGCCAGCUCAACGCCGACCUGCGCAAGCUCGCCGUCAACAUGGUGCCCUUCCCGCGCCUGCACUUCUUCAUGCCGGGCUUCGCGCCGCUCACCAGCCGCGGCUCGCAGCAGUACCGCGCGCUCACCGUGCCCGAGCUCACCCAGCAGAUGUUCGACGCCAAGAACAUGAUGGCGGCGUGCGACCCGCGGCACGGCCGCUACCUCACGGUGGCCGCCAUCUUCCGCGGCCGCAUGUCCAUGAAGGAGGUGGACGAGCAGAUGCUGAACAUUCAGAACAAGAACAGCAGCUACUUCGUCGAGUGGAUCCCCAACAACGUGAAGACGGCCGUGUGCGACAUCCCGCCCCGCGGCCUCAAGAUGUCGGCCACCUUCAUCGGCAACAGCACGGCCAUCCAGGAGCUGUUCAAGCGAAUCUCUGAGCAGUUCACGGCCAUGUUCCGCCGCAAGGCCUUCCUGCACUGGUACACGGGCGAGGGCAUGGACGAGAUGGAGUUCACCGAGGCGGAGAGCAACAUGAACGACCUCGUCUCCGAGUACCAGCAGUACCAGGACGCCACGGCCGAGGAGGAGGGAGAGUUUGAGGAGGAGGGCGAGGAGGAGGCCGCCUAGAUGGUGGUGUUGCCCAGGGGGGGGAGGGGGGGGGGGUAAGAAACGACAAGUUAAGUAAAACCAACGUCACGGUAACACGAGAGGGGGAGAGGUGAUGGGAAAUAAACUUAAUGUGAACCGCAGUGGGGGGGGGGGGGGGGGGUGGAGUGAGAUGAGGGAGGAUAGGAACCGAACCGGUGGCCAUGGUGGAGACACCACGGCUCCAGUAGCUACAUGGCACGCACAGGGUUUGUUAUUCAUCAUUGAUACAUCAUGGGGAGCGGCCUCUUCCGUGGACAUCCUAAUGAAGUGGACUUCUUGACCUAUGACCUUUAAGUUUGUCGCGAGCAACGUGGGUCACAGCCCCCCACGCACGUACGCUGUGCGUUUUGUAGCUACGACGGAAGGCCACCGUUUUCCUGGCGAGAGUCUUCCCGUUAUGAAUUUGAGAAAUCUGCAGUCCCUAGGGAGGUGUGGUUGUGGGGGCAUGGGCGGGGGUGGUGGCGAGUUUUAGGUAAACGGUUUAGCGUGGGGUUGGUGGUAGAUGCUGCGUGCUUAUCUGCAGACGUGGGAGGGGGGGGUGGUGGUGUACGUGCACAGGUGUGAAGGCUGGCUGGCUACCACAUCCCCACCCAUGGGUUAUCCGUCUGUGUUGGAAGGGAAACGUUCUUGUGUCACCUGCCCGUGUGCGUGCAUGGAAUCCCCAUGCCCAGCCUUGGCUUGUGUGCGUAAUGUGGGGAAGCCUCCCCCCCCCCACACAAAGCCACCUGCAUGCAUCAUCUUGCACCUGUGCAUCGUUUGUAUGCCUGUACAAGUCGAUUUGAGUAUUAAAACCACCUCCCCACCCACGCCCCCCUAACUGUUGUCGAUGGGGAAGGACAAUUUGGGCAGUCUCCAGCAGAAUGUGUGUAGUGUUCCAGACACGAUUGCGCACGCCUGCUGCUAAAAUCACGUUCACGGAUUUGUUCUCUUGUGAAAGUUGUACAUUUUAUUUUAGCCCCCCCUCCCACGUUGACUUGUUGGGGGUGGACGGUGGCUCCCGCUAGUCGUACUGCAUGUGCUGCCACCUCGUGUUUGCGGGCUGAUGAGCGUGCACCUUCAACCCCCCCUCCCCUCCUGCCACUGUACUCCCGUCAACUUCCAUGUUAUCGCCCUCCUGUGACAACACCGAUGUCUUAAAAUGAUUAUUUUUUUGUCCUCGCAAAACUUGGUCCGGACAAACAUCCACUUUGUACAAAGUCCUUAAUUAUUUUGUGUUUCAGAAUCUUGUUUACCGGUUUUAAGUUGAUGGCAUUGCCUCUCGCAAUAACCUCUUCAUAGCAACUUGCAAAUGAACAUUAGUCCUGUUUAAAAAAAAUGUUGGCUGCUGUAAGAGAAGUCGUUUUGUGUCUUGGAACUUUGCCCCCCUUCCUGUCUACUGGAGCCAUUUCCCUGGGACUGUGCCCAAUUCUCACCCACAUCCCCACCCCUCCUCUCCACGCGUUGCCAACAGUUGCUGUAAGGGAAGGUGGACACUCGCACAAAUUGAAACAAGUGAAACGUCGCUUUUUGACCCAAGUACAAUUAUGCCUCUUGGGGAAAGUGAGGCGUCAAUAAAAAAAAGGCAUUGAAAGAUGA